UGAACCGGAGUGUGGCCUGGGCCGGAGCGCAGCCGCGGAACAGCUAUCGCCAUGAUCAUCCCCGUCCGCUGCUUCACGUGCGGCAAGAUCGUCGGCAACAAGUGGGAGGCCUACCUGGGGCUGCUGCAGGCCGAGUACACCGAGGGGGAUGCCCUGGAUGCGCUGGGCUUGAAGCGCUAUUGCUGCCGCCGCAUGCUGCUGGCCCACGUGGACCUGAUCGAGAAACUGCUCAACUAUGCGCCCCUGGAGAAGUGACCCUGUGGAUUGCGGCUGUGUCUGGGCGGAGCUGGUCUGGUGGGGGUGUGGGUAGCCGGAGGCCACGCCUGCCCCAGCCAUGGGGACCAGUGUCCUGCUCUGGAAGGAACUCUCCAGUAAAGGCCUUUGCAGAACGAGAGGAGGUCCUGACACUUGGUCUGG